AUGGGUUGCUUCAGCAGUAAAAGCCUAAAACCAUCAAAGAAGACCAUUCUUGAUAAACCAUUCGAAGACAUCAGAAAGUUUUACAUCCUCGGGGAGAAACUCGGCAAAGGUCAGUUCGGUAUAACCCACAAAUGCGAGGAGAAAUCUACAGGGAAGACUUACGCUUGCAAAUCCAUACUCAAGAAGGAGCUAAAGAGCCAAGAAGAUGAAAACUCUAUCAAGAGAGAGAUUCGGAUCAUGAAGCAUUUAGCUGGACAGCCAAACAUCGUCGAGUUCAAGUGUGCUUACGAGGAUGAAGAUUCAAUACAUCUUGUCAUGGAAUAUUGUGGCGGUGGAGAGUUAUACGACAAGAUCGAGGCUUUGUUCAAAGAUCAAAGCUCUUACUCUGAGAAAGAUGCUGUUGGAAUCAUCAGGCCGAUUGUGAAUGUUGUCAAGGUUUGUCAUUUCAUGGGUGUGAUGCAUUGUGAUCUCAAGCCUGAGAACUUCUUGCUCUCGAGUAACGAUGAGAGUGCUAUGCUCAAAGCAAUCGAUUUUGGGUGUUCUGUUUUCAUUGAAGAAGGAGAAGUUCUCCGAGAAACGGUGGGAAGUGCUUACUACGUUGCUCCUGAAGUGUUAAUGAACAGUUACGGGAAAGAAGCUGACAUUUGGAGUGCAGGGAUUAUUUUGUACAUCCUACUCAGCGGCAAACCUCCGUUUGUGACCGAUACUGAGGAAGAGAUGUUCCAUGAGAUUCAGAAUGCUGAGAUAGAUUUCCAGACCAGUCCAUGGCCUCGUAUAUCGCGCAGCGCGAAAGAUAUUGUCAAGAAGAUGCUUGACAGGAACCCCAAGACACGAAUCUCUGCUGCACAAGUUCUUGGACAUCCUUGGAUCAAAGACGGAGAAGCUUCGGAUAAGCCAAUCGAUGGAGUUGUUUUAUCACGUUUGAAGGAAUUUCGAGAGAUGAACAGCUUCAAGAAGGUAGCUCUAAAGUUUAUUGCAAAGAGUCUAUCAGAAGAAGAAAUCAAAGGUCUCAAAACAAUGUUCACCAACAUAGAUACAGACAAAAAUGGCACAAUCACUCAUGAAGAACUCAAAACCGGGCUAACUAAACUUGGCUCUAAACUCUCUGAAACCGAAGUGAAACAACUCAUUGAAGCAGCUGAUGUGGAUGGUAAUGGAACAAUCGACCUAGACGAGUUUAUCUCAGCGACUAUGCAUAGAUACAAAUUGGAUCGAGAUGAGCAUGUUUACAAAGCAUUCCAACACUUUGACAAAGACAACAACGGGCACAUAACGAGGGAGGAGUUGGAGAUAGCAUUGAAGGAGUAUGGUGUGGAAGAUGAAGGUAGCAUCAAACAAAUUAUAUCAGAAGUCGAUACCAACAAUGAUGGAAGCAUAAACUACGAGGAAUUCGCCACAAUGAUGAGGAAUGGCAGCUCAGAGCCACAAGUGGAAAUUCUUCCGGUCAAUUGA